AUGACGCUGACUAGCUCAGAGCUUGAGCUCAUCGAGCGAGAGAUCGUUCACCUUGAAAAUCGCCUCCACUUGCUGAAAGCCCGUCGAAGGUCACUCCUGAGAACAGCGAAGCCGAUACCACGACAGCCGACAAGUACUCCCAUCGACCACCUCCCCGACGACAUUCUUCGAGAGAUAUUUGAGCUAUGCCUUCCUGACCAACGCCAGCCGACAUUGGAUAACCUCGAAGCCCCGCUGCUUUUCACUCGUGUUUGCCGCAGGUGGCGAUUUACGGCAUGUAACACCUCGAGGCUGUGGGCGCAACUUUACAUCGUUCCACCAGUCAUCCAAGCUAAGACAUCACGAGCACUCCCUAGUGGCGAACAAUCACACACCAAGAUCCGAUUCCAACGCAUCGCAAAGUCGUUUGUGAAGGCCGUCGAAGACUGGACGUCUCGCAUUGGAGGACGCCCUCUGUGCUUUACGCUCUCCCAGAAGGAUCACCAGUUCCAGGAGGAGGAUGAUCUGGUUCAGUCUCUGAUUCAAGUGCUCCUCCAAUCAUCGCGGUCGUGGAAGCGAGUCGAGAUCAGUAUCCCCCUCAGGAGCGCCGAAGCGCUCAUUAAGCGCCCAUCCAGUCACUUUCCCAUGCUCGACUCUCUUGUCCUCUGCUGCACUUCCCGCUCCAGGCUCGACCCAUUGGGAAAGCCGUUCUCCCUCUUUGCACCACCGGCUCCUCAAAACCAACAGCAGCUCAUGUGUUGGAAAAACGCCCCGAUCAUUCAUUCUCCAAACCUUCGUUCACUCCGCUUGGUUCGCGUGGACGAGCCGGUCCUCGAGGUGGCAACGAACUGGUCGGCGCUGCGCUCACUCGUAAUCGAGCAGCAGGGCAACCUUGGUGGCCUCAUGUCGUCUGAACAGUCGAUCACGAUUGACGUUCCGACCGCCAUCGUCCUUCUGCGACGGUGCGAGCAACUGGAGCAUCUCAGGUUAUCCUUGACCCCAGGAGCUAGGCCAGCCUCAUCGGACAAUGAGAGCUUAUCCUCGCCGCUCUGCCUCCCUCAACUUAAGAGUCUUACCUUUCACGAGGACCGCUGCCCCUCCCGAUCAUUCUUCGAGCUCCUCGAAGCACCCGCUCUCCGUAGCCUCGAGUUCCAUACCCUUCGCAGACCCAACCCCACCGGUGAACCCUAUUCCGUCACUCCAUUUAUACGCAAGUAUGGAAACCAGCUUGAAGAAUUCACCUUCGACACCCGGUUCAUCAGUAAAGACGUAUUCACACUCUUCGAGCAUCUUGCAGGACUCAAGCACCUGUCACUAUGCCCAUCAGACUUUGUGUCUAUCACUUACGCAGGCGAAGAGCAAAGCCAUUACACAUUCACCGACGAUGAUCUCCUCUCCUUCGCUUCUUCGACUGCAAGACUCUGCCCUCGACUCGAAUCGUUCGAGUGCAGCACUCUUUCCAAACUAUCCCAUACCGCGAUUCUCCGGUUUAUCGAAACACGGCAGCCGUUGGGGCUUCGAAACGUCGCCGCCACCUGCAUCACCACCAGGGAAGACAGAGCGUCUUUGACUAAUCUCCUGAAGGAGUUCACUCGGCAGGGAAUGCAAUUGGAUAUCGCUUGGGAGUACAAAGCCAAGUUUGUUCCCUCAUGGCAGGAAGAGAAAGGCCAACAUGCGGGACGGCGUUGGACAGAGUGCUUCUAA